ACCGUGCUGCGAGAGCCGCCGAGAGAGGUGCCGAGGCCAUGGCCCAGUCCCUGUGGGGCUACGACAGCGACAACGGACCUGCGCGCUGGCAUGAAAACUACCCUCUUGCCAAAGGGGACAAGCAGUCGCCCAUUGAAAUCAACAGCAAGGACGUGCGGCACGACUCCUCUCUGGCCCCCUGGCACACGAGUUACGAUCCCGGUGCAGCCAAAACCAUCCUGAACAACGGGCGGACUUGCAGAGUGGUCUUUGAUGACAGUUUUGAUAGAUCAGUGCUGAGAGGUGGGCCACUCUCAGGAGCCUACAGGCUGCGUCAGCUUCACUUGCAUUGGGGUUCCUCUGAUGACCAUGGCUCAGAACAUGUUAUAGAUGGGGUGAAAUAUGCAGCAGAGUUACAUAUGGUCCACUGGAAUCCAAAACAUGGUAAUUUUGCAGGAGCUUUGAAACAACCUGAUGGUGUGGCUGUUGUGGGCAUUUUUCUGAAAGUUGGAACAACUCCCAAACCAGAGAUGAAGAGAAUUCUUGAAGAAAUUGAUAAAAUUAAGACCAAGGGGAAAGAGGCUCCUUUUCAGCACUUUGAUCCAUCAAUUCUUUUUCCCAAAUCUCGGGACUACUGGACCUACCAUGGCUCAUUCACUACACCCCCUUGCGAAGAGUGCAUCACUUGGAUUCUCUUGAGGGAGCCCAUUGAAGUCAGCCCAGACCAGAUGGCAAAGCUCCGUAGCCUUUCCAAGAACCCUGAGAAUGAACCUGUGAUGCCACUGGUUGAUAACUGGCGCCCACCUCAGCCUGUGAAGGGCAGGAUGGUGAGAGCCUCAUUCAAGUAAAGCUCCUGCUGAACCUGAGUGAGAAAGUCCCUGCGUCCCGAAGCAUAGUUAGCUUUUGCCUUCUACUGCUUUUCCUCUGGAUCCACAUCUGUGUUUCCAAGCCUGAAAUCUGAGUGGUGAAACUUGGCAUAUAACUGAAUUUGAUUUUUAAGGCAGAAAAAAUAUUGUAUACCGGUACUAACCUUAACAUGGAAAUGUGGGAUAUAUGUGAUUCUUCAUCACAAAUGCGCUAGCAUUUGUGAUAAUGUUAUUUCUCUGCCAUAUGAUCUCAGAAGAAAAAUGGGCUCAGUUUCAAUAUUUCAAAUAAAUUUCAAAGGAAAUGUAGUAAAGGCAGAAAAAUGAACCAGUAGUUUAGGAAAGUAGAUUAACAGCGGAUCAACAGUACAUGAGCACAAGGUUAAGCGCCUGUCCCUACAGCAUCUUUACUAGUGACCUUCCUCAGAUACCCCAUCAUGAACAUCUGAAGAAUAAAUUCCCUUUUAACAAACCACCUUUCUCCUUCUUGCUCUUGCUCAUAGCUUGUUAUCUAAGAUUUGUAUUCUGGAGAUAUGGUCAGGCAUAUUCAGCUUCUGUGUGUGAAGAAGAAAAGAGAUACCUUGUUGUCAUUUCUGUAUUUGCUGUCUUUGCCAUUUUUUCCUGUUGCCCAUUGGUCUUGUUUCAGUGCUGCUGUUGCUUCACCCAUCCAGCCAUAGAGCGCUGCUCGUGUCAUGUUGCCUUGCAUUCAGGAUAACAGCUGUAGGAUUGCUAUGGAGCACGCCUUUUUUUUGCUGCUUUGACUGUGUUACCUCUCAGGAUGACACAUUUCAGCUUUGAUGCUGUGAUGUGUGCGUGUGUGUGUGGAUUUUGGUUUUCCACACUUUAGUCUACAUAAUAGUGAUUUUGCCUGUUAGGAAUUCUGUUGCACAGGGAGAGGGGCUUUGCUGGUGACUCAUAUUUGUCAUUUGUCUUCUCCGCUACUAACAAAUCCACAUUAAGUCACCUGAGUGUUUGUUUACUGUGACUCUUGAGUAGCUGGAGACUUUUAAGAUCUGUUUAAGUCUGUUUAGCUCUGUUACUUUCUGGGGAGACAGUUCAGCUGACAUACAGGAUGCAACCAAAGAAUUACUGGCAGACAGGAACAUCUAAAUCAUCUUUCCCUGUCCCUCACCAUGUCAACUUUAGCACUUCAGCAAGUUCCCUAAACAGUAUAACACAAGUACCAUUGAGAUCGACCCCCCAUUCAGAGUAUGAGUAAAGAUCUGCUACCUUUUAUUCACCAUCAGGGUAAUUACUCUCCUAAAUACAGGAGAUUGGGUGGUCAAAGGUGUCAUGGUGGCUAAAGCUCCUGCAGAUGAAGCUUCUUGGAUUCUUUGUCUUCCUCUAACUCUUCAAUGGGUGGCAGAGAGAGUUCCUUCUGGAGACCUUGCCACAGAUAUGUUUACAGCAGCAUUCAUAAGGAAUGUGUCAAAGGAUGAAAAAAGCAAGGUUACAAAUGGCUAUUGCAGGCAUUUCCUAAUUAUCCUUCACUAUUUCACUUUUCACCUUUACUAGAAAAAAAAAAGUGUUCCGCUAAUGAAGUAGUGAAAUGGUAUUGAGCAGUUUCAUUUUAAAAAACAAGUUCCUGUUAGCAUAAAGUACUGUUUGAAUCUAGUUUAAAAUGUUUUAGCAUUGGCUUAUUCAUAUCAGAUCAACUUUUGAUUUUUACUAGUGCAGCACUUGCAAAAAUACUAAGAGUCUCUUAGAUCUUUAAUCUCUCGAAUCUCCACAUCUUCUCAACACAUAAAAAUGUUUCUACAGAAAGCUCAUAAGCAACAUUUUUUUAACUAUGCUAUGUCUUACUUUUCAAAUUUCUUUUCAUAUCUAUGUGCAGUUGAUCUUGGUGUCAAGGAAAUUUCUACACAAGUAUGUGAGACCAGAAUUUGAAUCUUUCUAUCUAAAAGCCAUUGACUGUGAUGUUUUAAUUUCUUGUUAUUGGGACAAUAAAACAGGAUUGUUUGCCUGCAAUUGAAGUAACAGGUUUUGUGUCUUCAGAGAACCAAUAAAUUAACUUAUGUAAAAAAUUGA